UGUACCAACUAGCAAUGGACAAUGGUUCUGAUAUGUCAAUGUCUAAUGUCUAUGUUCGAGGUUAAAAAUAAAACAUUUAGAAAUAAUAAAAUAAACCUAAAAUGGUAUUGAAUAUAAGAAGAAUAUUUUACAAAUACGCUAAGUGCCUAAUUAUUACUGUUCUAACAAUAUUCUUUGCUCAAAUAUUAAUAUCGAUAAAUUAUUUUCCUUCAAUUCAUGAAAAUAUUUUUUUACGAAAAAGUAGCCACAAUUCCCUUCAUUUAAACAACUUAGCUGAAGUUUCUGCAAGAAGAAUUAACCCAGGAAUUAGUGACGAUGAAGAUUUAGCUCCGAGGAACCAUCAAAACAAAGCUGUGCUAAGAAAGGAAGAAUUAGACUUUAUUCCUAUAUGUGAGGUGAAAAGCCGGGAAGCUAUUUCAGCUAUUCACCGAGCUAAAUCUCAGUUUUGUAAGCAACAAAUUGUAAAUAAAACAUGUCUUAUUCAAAAUGGUAAUUUUUAUCCAAAAGAAUUGAAUAAUUAUUGCAAAUCGAAUGCCAAGAUAUUUGGGCGACAUAUAGGUUGCUAUUUGGAUGAAAAAAAACUAAGAUUGUUAUCUAGCUUCUAUGGUAACUAUGCAAAUCUGAACUCUCCGCUAUACUGCUUAGACAUAUGUGUUCAAGCUGGAUUUCCUUAUGCUGGUGUCCAAUAUGGCACCGAGUGUUUUUGUGGGGAGGAAUCUCCUCCUGAAACUUCUAAAACACCAGAUAAAUCAUGUGACAUGAAGUGUCCAGGGGAUAAUACCCAAGUCUGUGGUGGUUAUUUUACCAUGAAUGUUUAUGAAACAGGCCUGCAUAAAUUUAUUCCACAGACUCCGGAAAUAAAAAAGCAUGAUGGAAAAUCAAUUAGGAUAGUAUUUCUAUUAACUUUAAAUGGAAGAGCUCUGCGACAAGUAUAUCGAUUAAUAAAUACCUUGUACAGAAAAAAUCACUAUUUUUAUAUUCAUAUUGACAAAAGGCAAGACUACCUGCAUCGCAAACUAUCAUCCCUUGAAAAGCAGUUUCCAAAUAUAAGAUUGGCUCCAGUUAGAUUCUCAACAAUUUGGGGUGGUGCUUCAUUACUUAAGAUGCUGCUAAAUUGUAUGAAGGAUUUUAUUGAUUUGGGUUGGGAGUGGGAUUACGUUAUUAAUUUAAGUGAAAGUGACUUUCCUAUAAAAUCAUUGGAAGAACUUGAAAACUUUUUGUCAGCAAAUAAGGGUCUGAACUUUGUCAAGUCCCAUGGGCGUGAAGUUCAAAGGUUUAUUAAAAAACAAGGUCUCGAUAAAACGUUUCUUGAGUGCGAAACACAUAUGUGGAGGAUAGGUGAACGAAAACUACCGCGCGGUAUUACAAUUGAUGGUGGAAGUGAUUGGGUGGCUUUAUCCCCCGACUUUGUUUCAUACAUUAUUGAUGGUAAACAAGAUCUACUUAAAGGUUUGAAAAUAAUAUUUGAACAUACGCUUUUACCGGCGGAAUCAUAUUUUCACACUGUUUUGAGAAAUUCAAAGUUUUGCAAUACGUAUGUGGAUAACAAUUUACACGUAACCAAUUGGAAGCGAAAAUUGGGAUGUAAAUGUCAAUAUAAGCAUGUGGUUGACUGGUGUGGAUGUUCACCAAAUGAUUUUAGAACGGAGGAUUGGGCAAAAAUUCAAAAUACUUUGAAUAGGCAGUUAUUUUUCGCCCGGAAAUUCGAGCCCAUUAUUAAUCAAGAAAUUAUAACAAGAGUUGAACAAUUUAUAGGAGUUAAUGAUCAUUAUUUGAUAAAUAAUUUAGAAGCCUAUUGGCAAAGCAUUUAUGAUACUAAUGAUUUAACUGCUAGUACUGACGAUACAGUUUUAUCACACGCGGGGAGUGUUAUUCGUCAAAAUUCAAAAAUCUUAGCUACAGAAGGUUGUGAUAUCAAAUUGGGAGAAAUAUUAGAAAUACAUCUUUAUAAGUAUGAAGAUGUAUACAAAGGAAAUUUAAUUUUACACAAAGCAGUGCUAAAUAAUAGUUUAAAGGUUGUUAUUGAAACAUGGUACAAGCCUAAACAUCACUUAGAGUUAAACUUCAAUAGUCCAAUUGUAGAUUACAUAAAAACUUUUAGAGUUAGUUCCGACUAUGACCAAAAAGAAAUGAUUUUUAGAAAUUUUGCUGGUAUCUUAGGCCCUUUCUCUGAUCCAGUUUUAUUAUAUCAAUUCUCUUCACAUAAGCAAAGUGGAAAUCUAACAGUUUUAUGGUUGGAUCCUGCAGGAAUGUUAGCUGAUGUUAAUAUUAUUAGCAGAGAUGAAAAUAAUCUUACGAAUUUCAUUAAACCUAAUAUUAGACACCCUCUAUUACCAGGAGUAUGGAAAGUGGGGCUAUUUGAGCAAACAACUUUGGUAGCUGUUACAAAGUUUGUUAUAACACCAUUAGAAUAUUUUUCCGGAAAAGAAGUAUCACACCAAGAAGUUGGCUUGAUUCAUAGUGGUUCACAAAACUCGUAUAGAAAUUUAACAAAUAUCAAACCACUGAAAUUCGUACCUUCUAAAGAAGAGUCACUUCUGUUGGAGGAAGUUUCAAAUUCCAACAUAAAACGAAUUGGUAACGAUCUGCGCGAAUGGAUUGAUACAUUAAAUAUCGAAUUUUAUAGCAUUUUAGGUUCGUGUAUAAAUACAAAUACACAAGAGUCUGAGAAAAUCCUUUGUGGAAAUUAUCAUUUUGAACCAUGCGCAGUGACAAAGUGGAGUUCUCUCUCUCCUGACCCUAAGGGCACCAUCGGCAAAUUAGAUAUACAGUCGGGCCGCUUGAAAAGAGUAUGACAAAGGGAUUUUCUUCCUAAGUUGAAUUACGUGUUAUAAAAGUGCUAGAACAGUCAGUACCUAUUGAUAGACCUGAUCAUGUCAGUGGCAGCUUUAGAUUAUAACUAUAAAGUCACAAACUUCCCUAUUUGGGUCAUUCAGUCAUUACGACUAGUCAUCUUUUUUAAUAUCGGGUAUUUCCCUCUUGUUAUCAUAUUUCUGUGAUUUACAUAAUUAUGUAGAUAUAAACAUCCCAGAAUUUUAUAGUUGACUUUUGGGCGCACACAGUAUUAAAUAUCGCUUUACUGAUUAUUUAGCAAUAAUAUUAUUCUAUGAUGUUGAUAGAAUAGCUUACGACCCUGGAAGUUCAACUGCAACGGAAAUCGAUAUCCUAUAAGUCGAAUAAAUUAACGUUAGUGCAUCUUAAUUUAUCGCUUAUCUGUUUACUUAUUUACUUUAUUCUUUGUAUUCUAUUUUAUUACAUUUAUUUACCGCAUUAAAAUGUGAUAAAGAACCUGAUGUUAUCGUUACUGGCGCUUACAAAUACAUUGUAAAAAAACCUUCAACAUAAAAAUGAGUAAUUGCUAGUUCGUCUACGUGUUCUAUGCCCUUGAUUUGAAAACUUUUUUACUGAUAAGUAAGGUGCACAUUAAAAUGAAUUAAUUAUAUUUUUAUUUUGAACAAGUUUCCUUUUCAUUAGAUCGAUGUUUAUCUAGACAAUUAAGUAAUCAGAAUCGGUAACUAACGUGGCUAUAUUAUAACAAACUAUUGUUGUAUGUUAAUAUCUUGUUCAUGCUCAAAGACUGAUCUUUAUUAAGAUGUAAUAAAUUUUAUAUUAAAGAA